AUGGCGGCUCUCCCCGGCACAGUACCGAGAAUGAUGAGACCCGCUCCGGGACAGAACUACCCUCGGACCGGAUUUCCCUUGGAAGUGUCCACCCCACUUGGCCAGGGUCGGGUGAAUCAACUUGGCGGGGUGUUCAUCAACGGCAGGCCCCUACCCAACCACAUCCGCCACAAGAUCGUGGAGAUGGCCCACCACGGUAUCCGGCCCUGCGUCAUCUCUCGCCAGCUCCGUGUCUCCCACGGCUGUGUCUCCAAAAUCCUAUGCCGCUAUCAGGAGACUGGCUCCAUCCGACCUGGGGCCAUCGGUGGCAGCAAACCCAGGCAGGUAGCCACUCCAGACGUGGAGAAGAAAAUAGAGGAAUACAAAAGAGAAAACCCUGGGAUGUUUAGCUGGGAAAUCCGAGAUCGGCUGCUCAAGGAUGGACACUGCGACCGGAGCACUGUUCCCUCAGGUUUAGUGAGUUCGAUUAGCCGUGUGCUCAGAAUCAAAUUCGGGAAGAAAGAGGAAGAGGAUGAGUGUGACAAGAAGGAAGAGGACGGCGAGAAGAAGGCUAAACACAGCAUCGACGGCAUCCUGGGCGACAAAGGAAACCGGCUGGACGAAGGCUCUGAUGUGGAGUCGGAGCCUGACCUCCCGCUGAAGCGGAAGCAGCGCCGUAGCCGGACUACUUUUACAGCUGAGCAGCUGGAGGAGCUGGAAAAGGCUUUUGAGAGAACCCACUACCCUGACAUCUACACCCGGGAGGAGCUGGCCCAAAGGACCAAGCUGACAGAGGCCCGGGUCCAGGUAUGGUUCAGUAACCGCAGGGCUAGGUGGCGUAAGCAGGCAGGCGCCAAUCAGCUUGCAGCAUUCAACCACCUCCUCCCGGGAGGCUUCCCACCUACAGGAAUGCCCACGAUCCCACCAUAUCAACUGCCGGACUCCACCUACCCCAGUACUACCAUUUCCCAAGAUGGGGGAAGCACAGUGCACCGGCCUCAGCCCCUCCCUCCAUCCACCAUGCACCAGGGGGGCCUGGCUGCAGCUGCCGCAGCCGCUGACAGCAGCUCUGCUUAUGGGGCCCGCCACAGCUUCUCCAGCUACUCAGACAGCUUCAUGAACCCGGCAGCCCCCACCAACCACAUGAAUGCCGUCAGCAGUGGGCUAUCUCCCCAGGUAAUGAGUAUCCUGAGCAACCCAAGUGGGGUGCCCCCCCAGCCGCAGGCUGACUUCUCCAUCUCCCCACUGCAUGGGGGUCUGGACACCGCCAACUCCAUCUCAGCCAGCUGCAGCCAGCGCAGUGAUUCUAUCAAGUCCGUGGACAGCCUCCCCACUUCGCAGUCCUACUGCCCCCCCACCUACAGCACCACUGGCUACAGUGUGGACCCUGUGGCUGGCUAUCAGUAUGGCCAGUAUGGACAGAGUGCCGUCGACUAUCUGGCAAAGAACGUGAGCCUUUCCACACAACGUCGGAUGAAAUUGGGCGAGCACUCAGCUGUGCUGGGGCUCCUGCCUGUGGAAACAGGUCAAGCAUACUAAAGCCCUAGGGCCCCCUAACCCAGGCCCUUGACUCCUGCAUCCCUGCUAGCCCUGCCAGCCUAUCCUACACUCAUCCCUGUGCCUCUCUGACCCCAAGUCCCAGACCAUCCCCCUAGACCCACUGAUGCAUCCUCUGAGGAAGUGGGACCAGUAAGCUCCAGUCUCUUCCCAUGCCACCACUCUCUGGCAAAAAUCUAUGACCAUAGACUAUGAGGGGACACAAUUACAGUCCCUCUGCCAGCAUCCCCUUCUGCCUCCCGAUCCCAAUCCUGAGCCCAGCUGGAUUACUGGACUGAUUUAAUCCCCUGCUCCCACACUCAACCUUGCUUUAAGCAAUGGGUAAAACCCAAGCUGAAUUAUGACUUCUGUAAGAUUUCUCUCUCACUCAAGGCCCUUCCCUUACUUCAAAUGUACAGACUUUAUAAAUGCUUCCCAUCACAGAGGGUGCAGCAGGCAAGACAGUUCCAAAGGGACAGGAUCCUGGAGCUCUUAGUGUGAAGGAAAGAGCAUUAGAUUUGGAGUCAGAGCCCCUGGGUUCAAAUCCCAAC